AUGGAUUCCGAUGACUCAUCCGGAUCUUUUAACGGGUCUGCCGAUUACGAAGAGCGUGUACAGAAUGUGCUUCUUCGAGCCGCCGAACUAAUUAGACGACAGAUUGACGAACAACCUGCCCCAGUCAUUAAAAGAAGGGUACCAGUUGAUCGUGAUCGUAUUGAAGCACAUGCUCGUUUGAUGCGUGACUAUUUUGCUGAAGAACCGCGAUAUCCAGCCAGACUUUUUAGACGAAGGUUUCGUAUGUCAAAAAUUUUAUUUGAGCGGAUAGUCGGUGAUUUGGAGGCUAGGUACCCAUAUUUUCAGACGAGAUAUGACAGUGUUGGGCGCAGAGGGUUUGCCGGGGUACAAAAGUGUACAUCUGCAAUUCGUCAAUUGGCAUAUGGCAUUAACAGUGAUUUCCUUGACGAGUAUUUGCAGAUGUCUGAACGAACAUCAAGGGAAUCUUGCCUAAAUUUUUGUGUUGGUAUACGGGAAAUUUAUGGAGCAAGAUACCUACGGAGACCGACUCCAUCCGAUCUUCAGCGUAUAUACGAUGUUCAUGAACAAGUUGUUGGUUUUCCCGGUAUGAUUGGUAGUAUAGAUUGUAUACAUUGGCCAUGGGAGAUGUGUCCGGCGGCGUGGCGAGGUACUUACACAAGCGGGCAUGUGGGUAGACCGUCUUUGAUCCUUCAGGCUGUAGCAUCAAACGAUCUAUGGAUUUGGAAUGCGUACUUUGGACAGCAAGGUUCUCACAACGAUAUCAAUGUGUUUGAAUCAUCGCCAAUUCUUGAAGAAAUUGUAAACGGAUUGGCACCCACUGCUCCGUUUUGGGCAAACGGAAACUUCUACAAGAAGGGAUACUAUUUGGGCGACGGCAUCUAUCCCGAAUAUGCUACAUUUGUGAAGACCUUUUCCGACCCGAUCGAUGAAAAAAGAAGACAUUUUAAGAAGAAACAAGAGUCGGCACGAAAGGGUAUUGAGCGGGCUUUCGGUGUGCUUAAAAAAUGA